AUGCCUUCAGAGUUUCCAAUCCCCCCUGUUACUAACGGUGGCACUGCCCCUUACACUGGGUCUGCCACUAGAAUCCCUGUACCUGCCACAAGUGCAACCCCUCUUUCUACCUCUCCCCGCUCUCCUUCAGGCCCUCAGCGUAUUGCCGCUGCCGUCGAAGACCCUAAAGAUGUAACCACAGCUGCUUUUGUCCUUAAGGACGGCACCAGUUUCGAGGGCGUGUCCUUUGGUGCCGAGGGAAAGAGUAUCUCGGGCGAAUGUGUAUUCCAGACCGGUAUGGUUGGUUACCCAGAAUCAUUGACAGAUCCAUCUUAUCGUGGGCAGAUCUUGGUAAUCACUUAUCCUUUGGUGGGUAAUUAUGGUGUACCCUCACGUGAGGCUAUGGAAGAGUACUUGGAAGGAAUUCCCAAAUACUUUGAAUCAUCCAGAAUCCAUGUUGCUGGUUUGAUUGUCGGCAGCUACGCACAGGAUUACUCUCACUACUUGGCCAAGUCUUCUCUCUCAGACUGGCUCAAGGAAAACAAUGUGCCUGCCCUUUAUGGAAUCGAUACCCGCGCAAUGACAAAGAAGAUUAGAAACCAAGGUGUUCUCUUGGGAAAGAUUCUCUUCCGCAAGUCUACUUCUUCUAGCUCCUUAAUUGAAUCGGCUGCAUCUGCACUCGGUCUCUCCAAGCAAGAACACAACCCCGACAGAUGGCUGCAAGAUUACAACGAUGUCGAGUGGGUCGAUCCUAACGAGCGCAACCUUGUCGCAGAUGUGUCAAUCAAACAACCCAAGCUCUACAAACCCGAGCCUUCAAAGGCUCUCAAGACAUCAACCGGUCGCACUCUCAGAAUCAUUGCUGUCGAUGUGGGUAUGAAGUACAACCAGAUCCGUUGCUUUGUUUACCGCGGUGUAGAGCUCAAGGUCGUCCCCUGGGACUACGACUUCACAGCCGAGCCCGUCGACUCCUACGAUGGUCUUUUUGUCUCAAACGGUCCUGGUGACCCCACCAUGGUCCAGACAACCAUCAACAACCUCCGCAAGGUCCUCACAAACAUCAAGAAACCCAUCUUUGGUAUCUGUCUUGGUCACCAGAUCCUCGCCCUUGCCGCCAAUGCAAAGACCGCCAAGAUGAAGUACGGUAACCGUGGUCAGAACAUCCCUUGCACCGAUCAAAUCUCUGGCCGAUGCUACAUCACAACCCAGAACCACGGUUACGCAGUCGACGCCGCAACUCUUCCUGCUGACUUUAAGGAACUGUUUGUCAAUGCUAACGAUGGUUCAAAUGAGGGUAUCAUUCACAAGACACUUCCCGUCUUCUCUGUUCAAUUCCAUCCUGAAUCAGCUGCCGGUCCCCGCGAUACCGAGUUCUUGUUCGACGUCUUCCUUGACAGCGUAAAGGAAUGUGCUGAAACCGGAGCCCUUUCCCCCAUCGUAAUGCCAGGUGGACUCAAGGCUGACAACAUUGCAAUGAACCCCCGAGUUUCAGUCAAGAAGGUUCUCGUUCUCGGUUCCGGUGGCUUGUCUAUCGGCCAAGCAGGUGAAUUCGAUUACUCUGGUUCCCAGGCCAUCAAGGCCUUGAAGGAAGAAGGUAUCUACACCAUCUUGAUUAACCCCAACAUCGCCACCAUCCAAACCUCCAAGGGUCUUGCCGACAAGGUCUACUUCCUUCCUGUCACUCCCGACUUUGUACGCAAGGUUAUCCAGUUUGAGAAGCCAGACGGUAUCUAUGUCACCUUUGGUGGCCAGACUGCACUCAAUGUUGGUAUCAAGCUCAAGGAUGAAUUCGAGGGUUUGGGCGUCAAGGUCCUCGGUACCCAGAUUGACACCGUCAUCACCACCGAAGAUCGUGAUCUGUUUGCCCAGGCUUUGUUCGAGAUUAACGAAAAGUGUGCCCCCUCCGCAUCUGCCGUCUCGAUCGAUGAAGCUCUCGCUGCUGCCAAGAACAUCGGAUAUCCUGUCAUUUGCCGUGCUGCCUAUGCUCUCGGUGGUCUUGGUUCCGGAUUCGCAAACAACGAAGCCGAAUUGAUCGCUCUUUGUAACAAGGCCUUUGCUACAUCUCCACAGGUCUUGGUAGAGAAGUCCAUGAAGGGCUGGAAGGAAAUCGAGUACGAGGUCGUUCGUGAUUGCCAAGACAACUGUAUCACUGUCUGUAACAUGGAGAACUUUGAUCCUCUUGGUAUCCACACUGGUGAUUCCAUUGUCGUCGCUCCUUCCCAGACAUUGUCUGACGAGGAUUACAACAUGCUCCGUACCACUGCCGUCAAUGUCAUUCGUCACUUGGGUGUCGUUGGUGAGUGCAACAUCCAGUAUGCCCUCAACCCCUUCUCGAAGGAGUACUGCAUUAUCGAAGUCAAUGCCCGUCUCUCGCGUUCUUCUGCUCUUGCUUCCAAGGCUACUGGUUAUCCUCUUGCUUUCGUCGCUGCUAAGUUGGGUCUCGGUAUUCCUCUUAACGAGAUCUCAAACAGUGUAACCAAGGUUACCUGUGCUUGCUUCGAACCUUCGCUCGAUUACAUCGUUGUCAAGAUCCCCAGAUGGGAUCUCAAGAAGUUCAACCGUGUCAGCACUGCCCUCAGCUCUUCCAUGAAGUCUGUCGGUGAGGUUAUGGCCGUCGGCAGAACCUUUGAAGAAACUAUCCAAAAGGCUAUCCGUGCCAUUGAUUACAACUUGGUUGGUUUCUCAGCCAUUGAGAAUGUAGUAGAUAUGGAUAACCUUGACAGUGAACUCAGCAACCCAUCAGACCAGCGUUUGUUCGCUAUUGCUAACGCUAUGAACAAUGGAUACACUGUCGACCGUAUCUGGGAGUUGACUUGCAUUGACAAAUGGUUCUUGAACAAGUUGAUGCGCAUUGUCAACUUUGAGAAGCGUCUCAGCGACUUCACAAAGGCCAAUAUUCCCGGAAACAUGGUCCGCUCUGCUAAGCAGCUCGGUUUCUCUGAUCGCCAGAUCGCCAACAAGAUCAACAGCAAUGAGAUGUCUGUCAGAAAGCUUCGUCAGGAAUAUGGUGUAACUCCAUUUGUCAAGCAGAUCGAUACUGUCGCUGCCGAGUUCCCUGCUUUCACCAACUACCUUUACAUGACCUACAAUGCUGUUGAGCAUGAUAUCGCCUUUGAAGACAAGGGUGUCAUGGUUCUUGGUUCGGGUGUGUACCGUAUUGGUUCUUCCGUUGAGUUCGAUUGGUGUGCUGUCCGUGCUAUCCGUACUCUUCGCGAAAAGGGUAUCAAGACUGUCAUGGUUAACUACAACCCCGAGACUGUGUCUACUGAUUACGAUGAAGCCGAUCGUCUCUACUUUGAGAACAUUAACAUGGAACGUGUACUUGAUAUCUACGAGAUCGAGCACUCUGCCGGUGUAUUGAUGGCUAUGGGUGGUCAGACCCCCAAUAACAUCGCCCUUCCUUUGUACCGUCAGAACGUCAAGGUUCUCGGUACCUCGCCCGAGAUGAUUGAUAAUGCUGAGAACCGUUACAAGUUCUCUCGCAUGUGCGAUCAAAUUGGCGUCGACCAGCCCUUGUGGAAGGAAUUGACCAGCUACGAUGAGGCCGACAGCUUCUGUAACAAGGUUGGCUACCCUGUCCUUGUCCGCCCAUCCUAUGUUCUGUCCGGUGCUGCCAUGAACGUCGUCUUCUCCAAGGACGAUCUCGAGUCUUACCUCAAGGAGGCCGCCGCUGUAUCUCGCGACCACCCCGUUGUCAUCUCAAAGUACAUUGAGGAUGCCAAGGAAAUCGAGAUGGAUGCUGUUGCCUUGGACGGAAAGAUGAUCAUGCACGUUGUUUCGGAGCAUAUUGAGAAUGCUGGUGUUCACUCUGGUGAUGCCACCCUUGUUUUGCCUCCCCAGGACUUGGAUCCCGAAACUGUUCGCAAGAUUGAGAUUGCAACAGCCAAGAUCGGCCGUGCCCUUAACAUCACCGGCCCUUACAACAUCCAGUUCAUUGCCAAGGACAACGAGAUCAAGAUUAUCGAGUGCAACGUCCGUGCUUCUCGUUCAUUCCCCUUCGUUUCCAAGGUUUUGGGCGUUGAUUUGAUUGAGAUGGCCACCAAUGCCAUGCUUGGUCUCCCUGUCACCCCUUACCCUCAGGUCACAAUUCCCAAGGACUAUGUCGGUGUCAAGGUUCCUCAGUUCUCUUUCAGCCGUCUGUCUGGUGCUGAUCCAGUUUUGGGUGUCGAGAUGGCCUCCACUGGUGAAGUCGCUUGUUUUGGAAAGGACAAGUACUCUGCUUACCUCAAGGCACUCAUCGCCACCGGUUUCACUGUACCCAAGAAGAACAUUCUUUUGUCCAUCGGUUCUUACAAGGAGAAAUUGGAGAUGAUUGAUUCCGUAAAGAAGCUCCACGAGCUUGGCUAUACUCUCUUUGCUACCGCUGGUACCGCUGAUUUCAUCCAGGAGCACAACAUUCCUGUCAAGUACCUUGAAGUGUUGGACGGUGGAGAUGACAUCCUCAAGGCUGAAUACUCUCUCCAGCAGCACUUGGCUAACAACCUGAUUGAUAUGUACAUCAACUUGCCUUCCCGCAACCGUUACCGCCGCCCUGCUUCUUACAUGUCCAAGGGUUACCGUUCCCGCAGAAUGGCUGUUGACUACGACAUUCCUCUCCUGACCAACGUCAAGUGCGCCAAGGUCUUUGUUGAGGCUCUUGCUCGCAACGCCAAUGGUAUCUACGAAAUUGAACCCAUUGACUACAAGACCGGAAACACCUCUGCUACUCUUCCUGGUCUUUUCAACAUCAACGCUUAUAUGUCAGAUAUUAAGAACUUUGGUGCUGUUUCCAAGACUUCCUUGACUGCCGGAUUCACCACCAUCUCUGCCAAUGCUUCUGACAUUCGCGACAGUGCUUCUCUUGAGGCUGCUGGUGCCAUUGCUCGCAAGGCUGCUCACACCGACUAUAUUCUCAACGUGAUCUCGACAACCGACAAUGCCUCCAAGCUUGGAGAUCUUGCCGAAGACGCUGGUUUUGUCUACCUCAACACUGACAAGAUUGGUGGAGGAGAAGUGUCUGUGUUUGACUCUGUGUUUUCUUCAUGGCCCAACUCUCACUUGAUCAUUACCGAAGCAAAGGGUACCGAUCUUGCGACCAUCCUUUUGCUUGCCUCGCUCCACAAUAGCGUGCUCCACAUUUCCAAUGUGACCAGCCGCAGCGAUUUGGACUUGAUUGCUAUGAGCAAGAAGAAGGGCCUUGAUGUAUCUUGUGAUGUCUCUGUCUACUCGCUCUUCUUCGCUUCUGAGGAUUUCAAGAGCACCAAGCUCUUGCCAACCAAGAAGGACCAGGAGGCUUUGUGGAAGAGCCUCGAAGUAAUCGACUGCUUCUCUAUCGGAUCGACCCCCAGCAAGUUGGCCCAGGAGAUGGGUAAGUCCAUCACAAACACCGAAGGUAUCAACGAGGCCCUUCCUCUCCUUUUGGAUGCUGUCUCCAAGGGUCGUCUCCAGCUCAAGGACAUCUCUGACCGCCUUUACGAGAACCCUCGCCGCAUCUUUGGCUUGGUUGCUCAGCCCGAGACUUUCAUUGAAGUCGAGGUUGACCGCAAGCACGUCUGGACUACCGAUUCCUCUGUCUGGUCUCCUAUUGCUGGCCGUACUCUCUGUGGAUCGAUCUCUAGAGUUGUGAUGAACGAGAAGACUGUCUUUAUGGACGGAAUCUGUUCUUCUGACGGUACUCACGGCCGCAACAUCUCUGUUCAGGUCCAGGACGUCAACUCGACUGCCAAGGAUACCAAGAACAAGAAGGUCGAGAACGCCUUGUCUGCCUACAAGAAGUCCCAGGAAACCUCUGGUGCAGUUGAGGAUUUGACCAAGUUGGCCAGUGGUGAGAGCCAGAACUUGGUGUCCAGAGAACCCCAGACCUAUGAGUUGUCCGCACUCCUCUCUCACAUCGUCAGCCGUUCGCCUUUCUACAACAAGCACAUCCUGCGUGCCAAGCAGUUUGACCGCAAUGACUUGCACUUGUUGUUCGAUGUUGCCCAGGAGAUGCGCACAUUGGUGGAGCGUUACGGAUGUAUCGACUUGUUGCAGGGUCGUGUCAUGACCACCAUGUUCUUCGAGCCCUCUACCCGCACCUCUUCUUCAUUCGAGGCUGCCAUGUACCGCCUUGGUGGUAAGGUAAUUUCUGUCAGCGCUGCCGCUUCAGCUGUCCAGAUGGGCGAGUCUCUUGCCGAUACUGUCCGCACUCUUGGCUGCUACGCCGAUGCCAUCAUCCUCCGCCACCCCCAGGCUGGUAGUGCCCAGAUUGCUGCCAAGUACUCCAAGGUUCCCAUCAUCAACGCUGGUGACGGUAUCGGAGAGCACCCUACCCAGGCAUUCUUGGAUGUGUUCACCAUCCGUGAGGAGCUCGGCACUGUCAAUGGCUUGACCAUCACUAUCGUUGGCGAUCUCAAGAAUGGCCGCACUGUCCACAGUCUGGUUAAGCUCCUUGCUUACUACGAUGUCACAAUCAACUACGUCUCACCCGAAUCUCUGUCUAUGCCCGCUGAUUUGAUGGAAGAAAUCAAGGAGGCCGGUGUGACCCAGAAUGUGUACCGCAGCCUUGACGAGGUUAUCGGCACCACCGAUGUCUUGUAUGUCACAAUGGUCCAGAAGGAGGAGUUUGCAACUGAGGCCGAGUACAACAGCGUCAAGGAUUCGUUCAUUAUCAACAACAACGUCCUCAGCAAGGCACAGGCACACAUGAUCGUCUUGCACCCCUUGCCUCGCUUGAACGAGAUUGAACCCGAGAUCGAUUUUGAUCAGAGAGCAGCAUACUUCCGCCAGAUGCGUCAUGGUCUUUAUAUCCGCAUGGCUCUUUUGGCUUUGGUGAUGGGUACCGUUCGCAACUAGGGCAAACAAAAACCAAACCAAACCAAACCAAAAGAAAGGGAAAGAGUAAAAAAAAAAAGGUCCUAAAUCUUUUGUGAAUUUACACAUCUUCCCUUCUCUUUUAUAUAUAUAUAUAUAAAUAGAUAGAUACAAACAUAUUUUUUUUUAUAGAAAGAAAAAAAUAAAAAAUAAAUCAAUUAAUUAAUGAGCUUUAAUAACUAC